AUGGCGUGCCUGGGGCAGGAGAUGGCGCCGGAGGCGGGGAACGGAGAGUCGCCACGUCUUCAGGCGACGCCGGGGCCGAGCGACAGGGACUCAUCCAGCCCGGCGUGGACGUCUUCCGCGGACGGCUUCGACAGGGAUGACCUGCCUUUGGGAUUUCGAGAUGCCUGGAGGCAAAAUAAAAAGCAGCCUGCUGGCACUCACAGCCGCACCCAUCAUCAUCCCAGUUAUGCAGCAGUGCACGAAGAUGCGAGUGGAUCCACGAGCACGUGCGAUAGGCAGUUGGAAGAGGGAGAGGAAAGGAAAGGGAAGCGGGCUUGGAGGUGGCUAGCGCCCCGACGCCUGUGCCUAAAAAGCAGCUGCCGACGCUUCAGGGAACAACAAAGGCGAAAAUGGGCCAGAGCGGAAUUGCGAAUAAGGAAGUUAGAGAUGCGAGCCAGUGGGCACAAGUCGCUUGAACAGGAGAACGAUUUUCUGAGGGUCGCCAAUGGCAGGCUGGCUUCGGUCGCCAGGGAACAACAGGAAAAAAUAUCCGAGCUCACAAAUGGACAAAGAUUGCCAUCCUUUAUCAACCUUCGACUUGGAUUGGCACAUAAAACCACUGCCUCAGUGGGGAGAACUUCAGGGACGGAUGUUCCCCCCAAGUCACAUUGCCGACUCCGUGGAGCGCCUUCUGGGCCGCUACACCAGGCAGAGGUACAAAGUGAGGUCCAUGAUGCGAAGCUGAUGGACAACAUGGGAGCCAAAGUGCAGGCGUUGAGGAGCUUUCUUGUGGAGAAAUCGAUUCUCAAAGAUGGCGCUCGGGCCUCCGAAGGAGAUGUGCGGGUAAUCCAGGACAUGUUGUCCACCAUUCUGGAGGUGGCCGUGGGCGUUGCCAGGACCAAGGUACCAAAGCCUUGCGACCUUGCCAGCGGCCGCUCGCCCAAGGCAGGCUUGAGCGAGGAAGGUGUGCAACACUGCCGGGAGUGCCUGGGCGCGCUGAACCUCACUGCCCAGCAGAUGCUCGCCAUUUCCAAGCUGGCGAGUGAGCAAGAGGCCCAGAUCAACAAAAUUUACGAGUCGAGAUCGGCGCUCAACGACCAGGCCAGAGUUGUUUUGCGCAAGUUCUCAGCAGCUUCCCAAGAGAUGAGGUCCGUGUGGAGCGAGAUGAAGCAGAACGUCAGGCGGGAGUACGUGGCAAUGGUAGACGGGCUUCGAGAGCUCUUGAUGACCAUUCUGGAGCCCGUCCAGGCGGCCCUGCUGAUCGUCGACGCCCAGUCGGCCGGCGCAGACGCGCUGGGGCUGGUUGCCGCACUGGCAUGCGCCUUCAGCGCAUCCAGGGCGCCAGCAGAAUCCGCCGUUGACGGGGACCUGUGCUUGGCUUGA